AUGGUGCUGAAACAGGGCUGUAACCGUUGGGAGGAACUAGGUCGCUUCAGGGGUAAACGUGCCCUGGUUGGGAUAAACCUACUGUGGGUUUUCUCUGAGCCUAAACUCUACAGAUCCAUUAUUGAAGAUGUGAUUGAAGGUGUUCGGGAACUCUUUGCAGAAGAGGGCAUAGAAGAACAGGUUCUGAAAGACUUGAAGCAGCUUUGGGAAACCAAGGUGAUGCAGUCUAAAGCAACGGAAGGCUUCUUCAGACAUAGCCACCAUUCUCCACAGUUCACUCUGCAGUUGCCGCACAGUUUUCAUCGUGCUCUGCAGGCUUCAGCAGCUUCUUUAGUCAUCCCAACUGGCAGAGGUUUUCAGCAUUUCACGGCAGCAGACCUGGGUGCUUCACGACCGGGUGCAGCUCUUACUCUUCCUUCAGGUAUUGCUUAUCCUCUACAUGUACCUGCUGGAGUGACACUACAAACAGCAUCUGGGCACCUUUAUAAGGUAAAUGUGCCUGUUAUGGUUACACAGGCCCCAGGAGAUGCACGUAUUCUACAGCAUCCUAUUCAGCAGAUAUUUCAGCAGCUUGGGCAGCCUUCAGUUCUGCAAGCCAACAUUGCCAGUGUUGCACAGGUGAAUGCAUCUUCUGUCCAGGCAACUGCUGAAACGUUGCAACCCCAGAAGCCUGCUGCCCAACAGACCGUGGUAUUUCAACCAAGUGUGGUGGAAGGAAAACACCUGGAAAACUCUGCCAAGGCUACAUUGGUUCAGCAAAAAAUUCAGCAGCCUACUACCAGUCAGCAGCAAAUUGCAACUAAUGCAACAUUGAAUCAGCAAGAGGACUUGACAGAAAAAUCGCAGUACAGUGAUCUUCAUACAGCUGUGUUCACUUCAGAAUCCUCUCAAGUGUUUUCUCCUGGUGAAUCAUUGGCAAGCAACCCAAGCAGCGUGCUGCCGGAUGUGGAGGGGCAGUUAGACACGGAGCCCCAGGAGCUGGUGCAGCAGCAGGUGUCUGAUGAUAUCAUUGAGAUGAUUAUCAUGGGCAACAGUUUGGAUGAUAACGCUGUUCGGAAAGAUCAGGACAGUGUUGCUCUCGCUGACAAGAUGGAACCUACUGAGCAGAUGGAAUCUAAUUCACGAACAGAGAAGGAUAUCUGCAGUGACAUUGAAGGCAUAAUUCAGCUAGAUGGAACUGGUGAUGUUUCUCCCAAGGAAGAAAUAGCACAUACAAAAGAUAUGGAAGAGAAUGAAUUCAUUGGCAUUAUUGAAUCAGAGGAUCUAAAAGUUCUGGAGGAUGAGGAUGAAGAAGAAGAAGAAGGUGAAAGCCUUUCAAACACAGAGUCUAGCAGCAGUAGUGGUGAAAACGAAGAGCCACAAAUAGAUAUAGUGGAGGAGGACCCCUUAAAUUCUGGUGAUGACGUCAGUGAACAGGACACUCCAGACUUGUUUGACACAGAUAAUGUGAUAGUUUGUCAGUAUGAUAAGAUACAUCGAAGUAAGAACAAAUGGAAGUUUUACUUAAAAGAUGGAGUGAUGUGCUUUGGGGGCAAAGACUAUGUUUUUGCAAAAGCCAUUGGAGAUGCAGAGUGGUGAAACUUCACUGAAAUAGGUACUUUAACGAGUGUGGAAUUACUCCCUUAUGAACUUCUCUGAAGCGACUAAAUGUUCUACUGUUUUAUCACUCAAAAAAGGAGGGGAACAAAACUUAACUUGUUAAAAUGUGUAAAAUCUGUGCAGUUAAUAAUGUGAAUUAAAACACUGUAUUGUUAGCUGCUCUUUUCUGAUUAUUUCAUUCCUUUUCCCUAAAGAAGUGUAAUUGAAAUAAACUCAACAUUUUAGUCAUUAAAGCUGUUCAUUAGUAAUAAAAAGUAAUGCAAUGCUAACUGACUAUAGUUAAGUAAAUUCCAGCUCCUUUGGUUUUCUUUCCAUUUUUAAAUUGGUCAAAAUGUGACUUGCAGUACAAAACAGCACAAUCUUUAGUAAUUUAUUUUUCUACUGGGGGGAAAAAAAAGGCUAACACUUGUGCAAGUUUGAGCCCUGUAGCUGUUUCAACUAUGUACUUUAUAUUUUCUUUUUCUCUCCUUCCCUUUCUUUGGUCUUCCUGCUUUUUUGGUUUGUUUUUUGCUCUAGCCUCAAGGCAAGCGCUUUAGAUGUAAGUCAGGAAAUGUGGGUGGAAGAACUUUGAGCUAUCAAAAUAUGAUAAUUAUUGUUUGUUUUUUACCCUCUGUGUACUCAGAUGCAAUGAAUAGUGUGCUUUAACAUUUAAAAUGUGAUUUAUUUUCAUUGUCAAUGCAAAGUCAUUUAACUUUCCUUCUGUACCUAUCCACCACAUUCUAUGGCUACAGACAAGGAAGCUGUGAGUGAUGCAAACUGUGCAUAAUAAAAUGCCAUCUCAUGCAUUUUUAUCUGUGAGUUGUUUUUGUCUGCCUUGAACUUGAACGUUGCUUUGAGAAAUGUGUAGAAGCCAUGCAUGUGCUGGUAGCUCACUCUACCAGGAGAACUGCAUUCCCAGCAGUCCUGGAUGUUCGCUGCUGCUUUGCUCCUCUAGAAGUAGAGAUCAGAGAGAAAUGCUCUGCCUGUAGCUCUGUGCCUUAGCCCUUCAUAGCUGUAGCUCUCUUCCUUCUUGGGCAGUAUCUGAAACUUUAUAAACGGUAAAGUGCCACAAGCGUAUCCCUCAAAACAGUGCCUGCCUCCUUGAGGAAGGAUACUGGCUUGGAGUUUUCUGUCAUGUGGGAGGCAACAGUCUUUGAUACUUGGAAGUGCAAGUGAGAGAAAGGAAGGGGGAGGGGAUGUUUGUUUAAACUGCCAGCUGUUUGGUGAUACUUCUAAUACAUCUGAAGAUCUUCCAGCUCCCCUGACCGUAACUGAGAUGCCUGUGGCUCCACUUGCACAGUUGUCCUUUUGUUGCCCCUUGGAGAAGAAGGGUUGAAGACUGUAGCCUCCUGUGGGCAGCAUUGGAGAUUUGUUUGUGCUAUCCACUCCUGACUAGCUGGGAAGCACCAAGCCAGGCUUAUUCAGAACUGAAUGCCCCUGCUAAAAGGGUCAGUGCCACAUGCAGGGUCUGGCACCCUUCCCUCCUGGCUGCCUCCUUUACAUCUCGUGAGAAAAGAUACCAUGAGACAUUUUGGUAUCUCUCUUCCCUGCGAGGAGGCAGAGGGCCUGAGAACAGCAGAAGGGAAGUAGAAGGGAAAAAUUAGGGAGAAAGAAUACAGGGGGAAAAAAAUGGAGAAAAAUCAAACUUUUUGUCCAUAAUUGUAUAAACCCCUGUGCUGUCAGCACAACAAUGAAGUCACCUUCUCAGGAAGCAGGUUUUUAACUACUUUCAAGUAUCUUGCAUGCUCUUUCUGAUGUAACUGCUGCUAUCCACUAUCUAAGCAGGACACUGCACUAGAAGGCUUGAGCUGAGUGUGGAAUUUCCGUUGUCUUUCAUAGAUGCUGCUCCUGGGAUAUGAAGAACUGUGUACUCAGAUAAUCGCAAGAUUAGUGCGUAUGACUUUUUUUUUCCCCCUAUUUAGCUGACUUUUAAGUAGCUACACUGACGCUAUGCUCUAGACUCAUAAAUGCAUUGCAAAUGCAGCGCUUCCAGCAUGAUGGAUGCUUUUAGAUUUCGGCACUCUUCUGAAAGCUUUGAAGGGUUCACGCUCUGUAAACGUGUAUAUUAUAAACUGCGGGACCAACAUCAAUUUCAGCAGCAUGGUGAUGCUACAGACUGGAAGCGAAGGCAACACAGCACAGAACACGUGAAUCCAUGGGACGCUAUCAGAUGUGCACCAUUCACUAACUGACACUAAGCCCGUGAACUUUGCUUCUGAGAAUAGGACAUACUUUCUCUAAUCAUGAUAAAAUAAAGUGGUUGCAAGGUGCCAAUGUUUCAGCUAGUUUAAAAGAGGGGCCGCUUUUUCUUCCUUGCUGCAUCUUUCUGCUCGUGUUGUUAAAGAUUGCCUCUGUGUGGAAGAGAGGAUCCAGAGCUCCGAGCAUACUUGUGAUUGCCCUUCUCUUCUCUUCUCUUCCUGUCUCUUAUCAGAGCUGCUUCCUCUGCGAAUGGGUGCUGGGACACGUAGAGUAAAGUAUUUGCACAGGGAAUGAUUAUUCUCUUCCAUCUUUUCUAAGCUUUCCCAAUUCAUAUUUGUUGCAUACCCUCUACUGGUUACCUGAAUCUGCCUGUUUUAUAACAUUCUUGAAACAUUUCCUGUGUUUUAUCAUUUUAUGAGUUUUUUUUAUGACAGCUUGCUGCAAACUCUGCACAGUCUGUGUAUGACAUUGACAAUAUAGAUUUCACAUCUGGAAUUGAAAGAAUUGUUUUUAAUACUGCUCUCUUCCCAAACUUCUUGUAAGAUCUAGGGACUGUGCAUCAGUGAUAUUUUUCUUCCCAUUCUGCUUUUCAUAAUCACUAUUGGCAAUGAAAAUUGGAAAGAGGCUGCUUGCUUGCUUUCUUCUUGAAGCUUUGUUGACAGUAUACAUACCAGGCUUUUAUUCCUGGUCAUAGCUGCCCUGCAUCAAAAGGGGUGCUGAAGCUGGCUUGCCUAGGCCAUCAAGCAUCCCCUUGCUUUUCAUUUAGUUGCAUUUUCUAGCCCAGCACAUUCUCCAUAGGAAAGAAAUUUAAUGUGGGGUCCAUCUAGUGUCUUCCUGGGCUGUGAAAUACAAAAGCUUUAGGGCUUAGAGUAGGUUUUUGCUGUUGCUGUCUCAACCCUUCCCACGUCUAAGAGAAUGGCCGCUGAAUGCAUAUCACUGCAGAUCUUCUGCUCCCCUUAAACUACAUUGCAGGUAAUUGUUCGGAGCACCUGCAGGGCUUUUUCCAGUCUGGAACUAUGGGCCAUCUGUUUGAGGUUUCCUGUGCUUCUACACUAGGACUGACUUCUGUUUUAUUCCACCUAACAGUACAAGGAUUAUCCUAUGUUUUGUUUCCAGUGUUCUUGAAUGAACAUGACAAAGACUUGCAGCUUUGAAUAAGACACUUAAAACUAACCAAAAAUGUCUUAAGUCAGGAACUUUUGUGCUGGGAAGAAAAACUAUUCCUUAUUAAAAUGCAAGUUCAGUUAGGUAAUUGCUGUAGCCUGUAACUUCAGCAGCAGCCAGAUCAGAGUGUUUUUGAUCUGAAUAGUUUCCUGUAUUAAUGCCUUUGAUUGCCACAGUUUUGCAAACACAUAUCACUGUAGAUGUGAGGAGAUGUGUAAUGCCUGCGAUGGCCACUGAAGAUACUUCAGUAAAUUGUUGUCUGAAAUUUUACACUACAAAGAAGGAAAGCUUUCCCAAAAUAAUGA